CAAACCAUUGGGAAAUAAGAGGUCUGUAGUGGAGAAGCAUGGCUCAGCGGGGUCCCCAGUUCUGCUGAAAUCCCAUUUUGCAGCAGAACCAUGAGCCAGGCUGUGCUGAGCAUGCAGGGGCUGGAGAGGGGAACUGCCCAUCGGGGAUGGUCGGAUCCAGGGGGCUGAGCUGCCUUCAGUAGCCACAAAUGCAAACAUUGGGCAUAAAAAACAAGGACAAAGCUGCACCCUCAGUGCUUUUGGACUACAGGACUUUUGAACUGGAGAGUGCUGCUCAGCCUUGGCAUGCAGUUAUUGGAGUUAGGAGAUCAUAGGGUGGUGGGGUCCCCAGCGGGUAAUCCGCAGGGCUCAAGCAGCUGCGUGGGAGCUUCUCUCCCUCCCUCCCCCCAAGUACUUAUUUUUAAUGAGGGAGGGAGAGAAGCAGCACUGAGAACGACAGGAGGAUGAGUAAUGCCCUUUUCUGUGUAAUGGCAGAGGAAAACGAAGGGGGCCGAGUGGUGUGCAGGGCUCUGAGCUGCAGUGUGGUUUGUGGGGUGAAGCCGUGACUUUGUCUCUGCAGCUGCAGACCUCCAGCUGCAGUUCAGCUGAUGCUGCAGCAGGGCUUAGCCCCCCUCCAUGCUGUGGGGAGCAGGGUUUCACCCCCAGCUACCCGCCUGUGUGCAAUAGGAUGGCAUUGAAAUUCUGCUGCUGAAGUUUGGGAGAUAAAAUGGAUGUGAAAUAUUCAUUGUGUAAAUUGAGGGGGAACAAGUGUUCAGAUGGUUUGGGGCCCAGGUGUGAUGUUCCUCAGGCUGAGGGGCUAGCAGAGGGGUGCAGAAAGCAAGUGGGCCAUAAAGGGAAUCUUGGGGUACGGGUGGUCAGGGACAGGCGGCAGUGGCUGCUCCAGAUCUCCCUCUUGAGGGCACUUGGUGCAAGCAGAGCUUCUUGAGACAUAGCGGUGACUAAUCCGGCCCCCCUGAAAAAAAAUAAUGAGCAGAGCACCUGCUCUGUGGUUAUCAGUGCCGGAGAGGAUAAGAGAAGCCAAGCAAAUUGUCCUUGGGAAGAUAGUGGUGGAGAUGCCGCACCUGAGGGAGGGAAAGGCACCGAGGAAGCAAACAGGCGAUAUCCUCCCCAAACAACCAUCUGCCAUGGCUAUAAAGAGCUGCCGGCUCCGAGACCCCGCCAGCACCUUGACCCUAAAGGUGCCAAAUCCAGCGGAGCUCUGCAGCAUCCAUCCCCAGGUCCCCGGGACUCCCAGUGCAUCUGGACGAGGAUUGAUGAAGGAAAAUGGAAGGUGAUUGUGACCAGCGGGAAAGGCGAACUUCGUGGCAUCACCAUCCCUAUGUGUGCUGCAGGGAAAAUGCUUUCAAAUUUGUGGUUGCAGGAUUUGCUUUGAUUUCUGGUAUGUCUAUAGUGCUGAGCAUGCAACAUGCCCAACCAACCCACCAGCACCUCCAAGAAAAAGUCAGUUCCAGCUUAGACACAACCCCCAGCAAAAGGGCCACAGCCCAGCACAGGGUCAGGCGGUAUGUAAAAAUUGGCACAGAUUGGCCUUGGUCUCAAGCUCAUGUGAAAUAUUCAGGUAGUAUGGGAUUAAAUUCUAACAGGCGCUUAAAUUUGUCAACAGUGGUUAUGCAUGGGACUGAAGUGUAUUUGGAAAACGAGUGGAGCUGGGAUAGCACCAGCAGGCUUCCGCAGCUGCUGGGGAAGGUGGGGCAAGAAAUUAAAGUAGGAUGCAGGGUAAUUAAUGGUUCCACUCAUCAGCAGGUGACUCAAAUCUCCGUAACUGAAAUAAAAACCAAGAAGAGUCAGAAAAAAAACUGUGCCCUGGAAAAAUUGGAUUGUUGGUGCAACUUUACAUUAGUCCAGCCAGUCUUUGUGGUCUGUCUCUGGGCCCAAAACAGUGUGGGGUUGUCAUUUAAAUUCAAGAUUGUCACCACGAUGCGUUCACUUGCUGCCCUUAAGGCCCUGAGGUGCCACUUUUUGGCCUGGCAUGCGGCCCAAUACGCUGAAGUGGGGAACCAAGUAAAAUUAGAAAUUAGAUACUCUCAAGAAAGUGUAACUGAUGCAAAGCGAAUUAAUGGCACCACUGUGACUCUCACUGCUCCUAACAGCCGUAAGUGGGUUGUGCCAGUAAAUUGUGCCCCUGAGAGCAAAACACUUAGUAGAUCUGAAUUAAAUGCAGAGACAUCAUGGUAUAGCCAGGAUUAUGGAUACUGUUCACGUCCACUGAAAAACCUCCAAGUGUGGUGUCAAGGAAAGCUGAGUGUAGAAAUGUCUCCCGAGCUUGGAGGAAAGUGGUUGAUAGGAGGCCCCGAAGGAUUUCAAAAAGAGUUUCCCAUCAUUGCUGUCCUGCGUCCCUUUGUUUCCAAGAUAGGCCCAUACGUAGUCAAGCAAAAUCACAUCCAAGAGCUGCUGACCAGCCCUGUGCGAUCACUGAAGAAGGUGGUGCUGUCCCUGUCCACUGCCAAUAUUUCAUCCGUCAGACCGCACUGCGCUCCCUUUCUGUCCACCCUCUACACCGGCUGGCAGGCCUGGCUUCACAGCCGCUCCAUGCAAGAGGCCCGCACCAGGAGAGACCUUCUGGCCACAGCCCUGGGAGGAGGAGGUGCUGGGCUGGGAGUGCUCAACAGCAUGAACGUUGAGGUCUUGGCCAACAAGCUGGAGGCUGUCACCUCAGGCGUGCAGGGCCUCCUCAACCCCCUGAAUUCAUCCCUGGCCAGCCUAGGGAUGGGGCAGUGGCUUGUGUCUGAGGUGCUGCCUACCUGGGAACACAUAAGUGAGAAAGACCACCAGGUGUUGUUGCAAGCACUGGGAAUCGAGCAAAAUAAUGUCUCCCUUGCUCUUAGUUGCAUCCAGGCCCAGAUGUGGGUGCAGAGUGUCGUUGCAGGUAUCCUGAGGGAUGGUGACAACGGCAUCCUCCCCACCGAGAUCCGAAAGAUCGUGUGGGACUCAGCCACGGAGAAGGAGCGGCAGCUCCAAGCCUGGUGGAGGCUGGUGAACUUCACCCACGACCAGGUCCUCAACUCAGUCAUCGCCUACGUCCUCACCGUGGUGGAAGCCCGCAUCGAAAAGGUCUACCCCAUCGUGGCCCUGGGGAUUAGCACAAACGGGUCCGUGGUCUAUCCCCUGGACCACCGGAUGUGGGCAAGAGUGUCAGACAGAAAAUGGCAAUCUGUAGAUCUGGAAGCCUGCAUCUUGGAACGGGGCCUGGGAUUCAUAUGCGAAGAUGAUGCCCUUAAGGCGAGCGAUGUCUGCUUUGACACCAGUGAGGGGGUGUGCCAUUUUGAGAUCAAUCCUGGCAGCAAUAACAAAACUGUGUUAGUUUACGUAGGGAAAGGGUGUGUAUGCUUUAGAACAGUGUGUAAAUACGUGCAAAUUAAUGACAUCUACAAUCAGACCGUAUUCAAUGAUUCAAAUACGUGUGCUUGCAAUGUAGCUAUUAUUAGAGGCUGUGAUUUCGUGUAUAAGCCACCAGUUUUUACUAGCCAAUUGCUAAUCAGAAACUAUAGCCUUUAUCGUAGUAUAACCCCGACCCCAAUCGGUAUGGAUUUGUCUCUAGUAAAAGAAAUGUUAGAGCAUGCAAAUUUACAACAGCUUUUAGAAAAUGCUAAGGCAGAAGCUAAAAAGAUCCUAAUAACUGUACAUCAUGAUGGUAACGUUAUAAAGCAGGUAGUGGAACGGAUUAAGAGGGUGGGAGAGCACCACUGGUGGGAAAUUUUCUUUGGCUGGUCCCCAACAGCGACCGGCGUCUUCAACGCGCUCCUGCAUCCUGUUGUAGUCAUACUGCUAAUGCAAAUCUGUGUGUGCUUUGCCAUGGUUGCUACUUGUUACUGGAUAAGGCACGUGAGGCUCUGCAUUGAGAACCACCUGAAAGGACUGGGGCUGGCCAAGCGCCUCCUGCCAUAGUCAAGGGCAAGACUGGGUUGGCCUCUGUGUUUGCCACCAAGAAGAACCUUUAGCUCCGCUGUUGGCUGCAACCCAGUAGGCGUUGAGCGGUGGGGACACAAGCCAUACCAGACCUUGAUGUGAGGGGGUUACCUCUGCUGUCACAAGAGGGCCAUCCAGGAGCAGAGGGCGGGCCGUGCAGCCUGCCGGUAGGUGUGAACCACAGAAUGGUUGAGGUUGGAAGGGGCCUCUGGAGGUAUCUGGCCCGAUCUGCCUGUUCAGGCAAGGGCACCUAGAGCAGAUUAUCUAGGACUGUGUCCAGCUGGGUUUUGACUGUCCUUACAGUGGAGACUCUACAACUUCUCUGGGCAACCUGUUCCAGUGCUUGAUUACCCUCCCAGUAAGAAAGUAAGAAUAACUUCUCUCUGAAUAUCUCACUCCCAAAUGCUAAUGACAAAAAGCUGCUUUUGUGUGAUUUAAGACUCCUUAAGCGGAGGAGAAGAGGUUAGGGAAAGCCAAGGACAGUGCUUCUGGAAGGAUACAGAAGGGAACAUAAAACCUGAGUGCAGAAAAGCAGAAUCAGAAGGUGGCAAAGGUGCUAUCAGCCUCAGAGACUUGGAAAGCUGAUAGAGGAGCAAAACCAAAGAUCGCGUGAUCACCUUGGACUUAAAGGAGCUGAAUCCACAUGGACCUUUGCAGCAACCUUCUCUGGGUUCCCAAGACUCCCAAGACGUCUGGCCAACGGAUUGGUGAGGUCUUGUUCUUGGAGCCUGGACAUCACUGCUUUGCUUUGCUUAGUUGUGCGUGUAACCAAUAAAAUCUG